UAACUUUCUUAGAGAGCCGUACGAUGUUUAAUAUGCGUGUUUAUGAAAACAAAAAGCAUUUUUAAUGUUAACAAAGUAUUUAUACUAUUCUAAUACUCAGACUUCAGUUACAAUAUUUUAAUAUUAAUGUUAAUAUGAAAUAUGAUAGAAUUACUCAGUGAAAUAAAAUUGUGCUGCAUUGAAAAUUAAUUUUAUGAUAUUUGAUUACUUCGAUCAUGGAUGAAGUGGAACAAAAUGUUUCAUAUCAAUCUCUGUUGGAAAAGUUUGAACGCACUAAGAAAGAAUUGGGUGAUGCUGAAGAAACUAUAAAAAGACUAACAGGUCGAAAUCCAGAUCUCUUUGCCAAUACACCUGGCAAUUUAAAUAAAUGGAAAAAUCUACCGGGACUCCCUCCAAGUCGACCAUUUCCUAAGAGAAAACGACCUCUGUUCCCUAUUGGAAAAGUAAAAGAAGAUGAAGAAUUAAUUCAACCAGAAGAAGAAAGUCCUGAUGAAGAUGAAACACCCACGAAGAAACCUUCUUUGCAAUCUACUGUUGUUGCUACACCUAAGGAUGCAAAAAGCAGAAAAGAUACCAUUCAAGAGCAAAAUGCUAAUUCAAAGGUAAAAGCAAGGAACCGAAGAAUGCUGGGUAUGAUAUUAGGCACAUUACAAAAGUUUCAGCAUGAAGCGAAGAAGAGAAAGGAACAAGAUCUAAAACGAGCGGAAAUUGAACAAAAAGUAGAAGCAGCUGCAGCUGAGGAAAAAGAAAGAAUAAAAAAAGAAAAGGAAGAGCUGUUUCAAACAAGAAGAGAGAAGCAGAUACAAUUGAGAUGCUUGGAGAAGAAACUUGAGAUUGCUGAAUUGCAUGAAAUAUGGGAGAAGAAUCAGAGAGACAUGUUGAAUUUUAUAAAAACAAAAACUAAACCUCAUCUAUUUUAUGGUCCUUCUAAACAUUCUCCAGAAUCUGAAAAACGCUUAGAAGAAACCCGAACUGAAAUAUUAGAAUCCAUACAGCAACACAAAGAAAAGAUGGAAAAAGAACUGCAAGAAGUAGAGGAAUGGUAUAAGAAAGACCAUUUUCCCAGUGAUAAAGAGAAUAUCGGACCACUAGAAAAUAAUGAAACUGUUGAUAAUAGCUUACCUGAGGGAGAACCAACUGAAGAUCAGUUAGCAGAAAACAAUGUUGAGACUGAAGAUCUUGUUGAAAAUGAGGAGGACAGGACUAAUGAGAAGGAUUUAGAAAAACAUAUAACUGAUCAAGAAUUUGAGCCCAUUUAUGAUUGAACUCAGGUUUGUAUUCAGCAUACUAAAAAGUGAAAAAAGAAAUCCAGCUCCAUAAAUAUAUCUAUGCAAAGUCUACUUAUUUUGACUGUUUACAUUCUAGAAUAGAGAGGGGAAAUUGUGUCAUUUUUUUCCCCUUUCACCAGUUUUGUAAAUAGUUGCUGCAUCUUAUAGAAUGCUAAAAAAUUCUACUCUAAUAAACCAAUACUCUAUAAUUUUACUUUAUUUUUGCAUACGAAAUCAAUAAAGCAAUGACUUUGUAAAAAUUCUGAUCAUCAAAUGUAUAAAGUCAUUUUCUUUUGAAUAAAUUGCAGGGAUUUUCCCAUUCUACUUUUUAAA